GGAGAGGGAGAAAGAGAAAGAGAUGGAGAGGGAGAGGACAGAGCAGGAUAGGGAGAGAGACUUGGAGAGGCAGAGGGAGGAGUGGGAGAGGAUGAGGGUGGAGAUGGAGAGGGAGAGGGGGAGACAGGGGGGUUAUGAUGAAGAAACUGGACACCCACACCCAUACCCUCCAGAGUACUUUUUCCUGAAGGGACAUCCAGGUGAGAAUGGAGUUCCAGGACGAAAGGGGGAAUUUGGUGAAAGUGGACAAAAGGGAGAGCCAGGCAUCGGCCACAGAGGUCCAGAAGGCCAAGCUGGUCCUCCGGGACACAAGGGUGAACCAGGUGAGCCAGGGCCUCCAGGUGCUCAGGGCAUCCAGGGUAUCCUUGGUAAUGCAGGCAUGCAGGGCUCCCAGGGCCUUAGAGGCCCCCCAGGAGACCCAGGAGAGCCGGGCAGAGAGGGUGAGCGGGGUAAAAGGGGGAAGAAUGGAUCGCCUGGCGCUCCUGGACCUCGAGGAGGAGCAGGACCUCACGGUCCUCUUGGUGUGCCUGGAGUAAAAGGAAUCAAGGGUGACAGUAUUCCUGGAGAGCCUGGUGCCAGGGGGUUGUCUGGCUUCCCUGGCAGAAGGGGUGAAAAAGGCACUUUAGGUAUUAAAGGAGUUCCUGGGUAUUUAGGUCCAAAAGGCUUGCGAGGCAGCAGAGGUGACAAGGGGGAUCUUGGGUUGCCUGGAGUCAGAGGAGAGAGGGGGAGUCAGCUUCAAAUCCAGGGACCCCGUGGAUUUAAGGGUUCCAAAGGAGAGCUGGGGGAGCGAGGCCCGCCGGGUUUUGAUGGCGAUAAAGGAGAAAAGGGCGAGGACGGUCCACCUGGAGUCAAGGGCAUAAAGGGUGAUGCAGGCACUAAGGGGGCACUGGGGCGUUUUGGAGCACGAGGACCAGUCGGACAGAAGGGAGAUCCAGGAGAGCCAGGAGUCAAUGGAGAGAUGGGUCGCAACGGGGAUCAUGGAGUGGAUGGGGCAAAGGGGGACAAAGGAGACAAAGGAGUGCUGGGCCAGCAGGGCAAUCAGGGUGAUGCAGGAGAAUCAGGCUUACCAGGAGACAAUGGGGAGACGGGAGAGAAGGGUUUCAGAGGUUUACCUGGACGCAUUGGGAGUCCAGGCCUGGAUGGAGAAAAGGGAGAUAUGGGGUUGCACGGCACCCCUGGUAUACCUGGGCUGAAUGGACUCGUAGGGCGCAAGGGUGAUAAGGGACAAGGAGGCACCAACGGUGUUGAUGGUGAACCAGGAGUGAAAGGAGUAAAGGGUACAGGCGGUUUCCCAGGUUUCCCAGGGUUUAAGGGGUCAGCAGGGAAUCCAGGAAGGGAUGGAGAUGAGGGACCACCAGCAAACCCAGGACUCCGUGGGCUCACAGGGCCUAAGGGGGACCGGGGCAGAAGGGGCAGAUCGAAGCCAUGUCAGAGGGGAGUACCCGGGACGCCAGGACUAGCAGGAAAGAGUGGUGAACUCGGUAUUGAAGGAGGAAAAGGGGAUAAGGGGGAGCCUGGACUCACAGCUGAAGAAGUGAAGGAGCUAGUCACCCAGGAGGUGGUAGAAAAGUGUGGGUUGGAAUACAAGUUCAUGGUAAAGUCUGUGGAUCCAGAUGGAACAACCGCAGUGACUGAGAAUAAAAAAGAGCCGGACGAUGUUGUGAUAUCCCUCAGCCGUGACCUCCAUGAAGAAGGGAUGGAGGAAGAAGAAGUGGAAGACUACGGAGACGAACUGGGAGAAAUGACCAGUCCUUCUCCUGUGAUCCUACCAAACCGCACUGAUUCUCUUGAGGGAGGGACUGUGGAGUGGGGACAGAGGAAGAAAAGAAGCAUAUUUGGAGCAAAGGCUGCUGAACGCUGCCUGGAGCCGAUGUCAGAGGGGGCCUGUUCAGAAUAUGUUCUGCUCUGGUACUUCCACCCUCGCUCAGGGGAAUGCAGGCCGUUUGUGUACGGGGGCUGUGGUGGCAACGGAAACCGAUUCUCCUCAAGACAAGAGUGCCAGAGUUGGUGUAGGAUGGAGAGGAGAGGUACCGAGCCCUGGAGAGGAAACUAGCAACCCCAAAGGAGAAAAUCAUUUUUGUACAUAACUGUGUAAAAUGUUUUGUGUUUUUAUAUUGGAUUUAUUUAUAUAUUUGAACUGCUGUUUCUUGAUUUGUUUUAUGGACAAAGUGUUUGAAAUCAAAAUGUGAAUUUUGUAAUUUCUAUAUGUGUUUCUAAAAAUGAGUUGUUGAAUGUCAAAAGUGAUCAAUAUUCACACUACUGAAAAUUAAAUCCGUCUUUUUUUUGUGUG